AUGGACCCGCCUAACUUGCGAUACAUUGUUCAAACAACGAUCAUAAAAUACUUAGUUUGCAGUAGUGAUAUUUCACGGCAACACAUCGUAAUGCUGGAGUAUCUUCGAAAUUUUGGGCAAGGCAUUUUUGGAGACGAAAUUCUUUCACAGGUCUUUGAAGAUUUUCCUGGUGAACUCACCGAUGAACUCUUAUCUGUCUUGUCACCUCCGCAUCUGAAGCAAUUAAAACUGAGAAGCUGUAAUCGUUUGUCGUGCAGUGGACUUCAAACAGCAAUCGCUAAGUAUGUGGAUUUGAAGAAGUUAAACUCUUGAUUAUUCAGAUUCAUUUAUCUAAUUAUCGAAAAAUUAACAUCCAAGUGCAAACUGUGUUACACUCGUUUCCUUGCAGAUGUCACCAGCUUCAAGCAAUUGAUUUCACUGAAUGUAUCCACCUCCUUCAUCCAGUCGUGUUUUGCUGUAUUAAAGAGAAAGCAACAAAAUUGGUAUCUCUAUCUUUUGAAAAUUCAGAACUUGUCUCUGAUGACAUUGUUCAGGUAAGUAUGCAUUCAAGGCACUAAUAAGUUAUCACACAUAUCAACGUAUUUGAAAUAAACAUUACUUACAUCACCGGCAUUUCAGUUAGAAACAUGGGAAAAUAGGACCCAAAUUUUGCUGUUCACAUGCAGGAUGUCAAUAAGUAAUUUUUAAUGAGCACAUCUAAAAUUAACCUGGACAUGAUAAUUAUUUCUGAGUAAGUAUGCUACCUAUAACACAGUGACAGCUUGAAAUAAGAUUGUGAGAUUUCUUCCUGGAGCGACUGAUUUCCACCAAUCCCUUUGUAGUGUACUAUGAUUAUCAGUUGAGCUAGAUGGGGUAAAAGUUUGGUAAUAGGUUUUUGCAUGGCCAACCUUUCUUGUGUCCAAUGGUAACCAAAUAUCAAGAGCCGUGCAUCACCAACCAUCAAUUAUGAAAGCCUGCUGAAAACUGAGCCAGUUUUCUGCUAUAACAAUAUGAUUUUAAUGUCAAAUCAUGGUUGCCAAACUACUGUUAUACCUCAUUCAACUGAAAAAUUGUACUGUGUGGGAACUCUGGUGGAGACUGAGUUUAAUAAGUGUGCUUUUUAUCUUAGACAAUGUACAAAAUUCAAAUAAAAUUAAAACUCACAAUAUUUAAAUAUUAUUGUAUUGUUAUAUGUUACUCCUAUCUUCCCAUGCUGUCCACAUAUAAUGUACUGAACUUGUUUCCUUUUUAGGUGGCUUUGAUGUGCUGCCCAGGCUUAAAACACCUCAACCUUUCCAGCUGUAAAAACAUUACUGAUGCUGCUUUUGCAAUUCGUAAUUCUAAGAAAGAAGCAAUGAUCACAGAUCCUACUCACCAAAUGCCUCAUGCAGGUUUUGGCCUUACCAACGUCGAUAUAUCAGGCUGUCGCUCACUAUCAACUGAUACAGUGAAACACCUUGUCAGUUUGUGUGGAUCUAGUUUAACAAGCAUCAAUCUUGCUUACACAGGAGUUAAUUGCAUGGCAUUGCUGUACUUAGCCGGAUUAAACAUAGAUAAAGUAGCAAGAAUCAUGCACAAUGCAGUUGCCACUGAUCUUGCUUCGACAUCAAACCAAGAGACAGUACAGGAAAUUCCCAAUCACAAUCAGUGGUGUAAUGAUGUCAGUGAUUCUGUUAAAACACAGCCAUCCCCAAUGAUGUCAAAAGAUAAUGAUCUUUCACUUAAUGAAAAUUUGUUGAAUGAGAUGGAAGUUUUAACACUAAAGUUUGUUCUCCCUACAUGUCAUGUGGAUGAACAGAAUAAAGCACAAGAUGGACAGAGCCAUAAGGAGUUUGGGUCUGAUACCUCUUUUGCAGUUUUUUCCAGUUUGUCCCCAGAAAUCCCACCAAGUGACAAAGCUUCUGAACAUGAAAAUGCAAGGUUUGGAGAUGAAGAGUGCAAUGAUGAUAAUGGUGAACGAAAUUUCAUGGAGAGAGCUGGAGAUAGGACAAUUUGCUGGAAUGACAUUCCCACUGAAGAUGGAUCCAAGGCAACUGUUGAUAGUGAAAGUACUAGUUGUAACAGAAUGCAGUUACUUUCAAAACAAGAAGAAAUUACAAGUACUUGUAAACUUAGGAGUGUGGGCAACAGGGAGCUUGGCUUGGAGAGAUAUGACUUAAUGACUGUUGGAAAACAAACUACAGAACACUGUGGGUCAGAGGAAAUUUUAGCUCGUGAAGAUAAUUUUGAAGUAGAGAGCCAUCCAGUACAUGAUGACACGACACCACGAUGUGAAGAGGCUGGUGAGGAAAAGUCUACACCCAACUAUCUUUCCUCACCUACCACAAGUGUGAAUUGUGAUAUAACUUCUACAGAGUCAGCUUUAGAGGAUGAAGAUGCAGAAAUUAAGGAUUUUAGAAUCCAUGCUAGGAGUGGGGAAGGAGAGAAACUUGUUGACGUUCUUCCCAGUAUUUCGUUGCUACAUUUAGAUGAUGUGGAUAAUGAUUACAGCUCUGCCGCAUGUAAAAUGUCAUGUGCAGGGUGCAAAUCUUCCACCCCUUCCAAUAUCCCUAAAAAAAAUGGGAUAGGCAAGGAGUCUAAGAAUUGUUGGGAGGUUAAAGAUGUGCUAAUUGAUGGUGAGGAAGAAGUUAACCCCAAUCAGCAUACAAUUUAUACUGGUGAAAAGGACAACAAAAGUACGCCCGACUGUUUACUGUCACCCAAAGGAGUUAUUCAAAUCAGUGAUUUGUUAGUAACGCAGAGUUUUCAGCCACAAAUUGCAACAUUGGACAUUACUGGCAUGCAUUAUCCAAGCAAACAGCUAGGUAAUGCAUGCUUGAAAAUUUUCUCUCAUGCUAAUGAGGGUUUGAAAAAUUUUACAAUAUCGUGGUUGGAACUGGAGGAUGGAAUGUUGAGAUACAUUCUUAGGCAUCAACCUGACCUGGAAUCUUUGUCUUUGGUAUGUAAAUGUAGAAAUAUCCAUGAAAUAUUGUUAUUAUUUGUAUGGGUUAGACAUGAAUGUAUGCAACUUGUAGAUAUUAGUAAAAUAACUAAGAUACUUGGUAAUGGCUGAGAAACCUCUACUUUAUUGUUCAAGCAAACCCAUAGCUUUUGAUGAAUUAGUAGCCUGCAGUGCGGGCUUCUUAUUAGGGCAAGUUAAUGUGAAGAAGCUUGCAAAUGUUUGUUUGACCGGCCUUGUUUCGUUAAAAAUAUUCACUGCCCCUGAACCCCUCUCUUCUCCUUUUUUUUGACUGUCGCUCACCACCUUGGUACGAAUUUCUUUUUCUCUCCAAAAUUUUGCUGCUGUAAAAGUGAAAGAUGAAAGCCAUAAUUUUCACCAACAUAAUACAGAGUAUAAACACCGGCUAAAAUUAUGCUUGCACUGCAGGUCAAUGAUUUAGCAAUAGACUGAACUUUCAAUCUGUGUGGGUGUGUAAUUGCCUAAGUGGGGUGUUGAUGGGAAACUUGAAAAAGUCUGGUUAUUUUGUGGAACCUCUCCUUUGGGACAUCUACAUCUAGGGAACUCUUGCUCUGCUCAUAAGAGUGACCCCAGAAUGGAAGUUCCACUGUAGUUUGCCUUUGCCUUAUGAUUUACAAACUUUUCUUGUGGUCUGUAUAACGUCUUGACAAUUUAGAUAUGUAAAAUGUUAUUAUCAUAUUUCAGAUGAUCCAAAGAGAAACACACGAGGGGAAUUUGACUCAAUCAUACCUUCAGAGUAUCCAAAAAUUAGACUUACACAAAGUUAGAGGAUUUGUUUCUCCUUUCACUCUUUCCAGGUUGAUUGUGAAAAGCUCAGCAACCUUUCCCUGAUCUCCAUCCCUGUGCACUGUCCAACACUCAGCAGCUUUGAGCUGAAGGGUAUGUGUUAUGUCACUGACCAUGGACUGGUGCCUCUCACAAGGAGCAAGCAUCUACAAUCCUUGUCCUUGGCUGAGGCUGCUAUCACUGACUUUACACUUGAGAGCAUAGCAAAGGGCUGUGGGGAAAAGGUGAAAUACAUUGUAUAAGACUGAAGGGAGCAGGAAAGAUAUUGAUUUAGAAAGAGCUUUGUAUGGGACAAGCAUAGUAGCUCUAUGAGAAAUGUGGGGAGUGGGGUGAAGCAAAGAAACAAUUAAGGUGAUUUUAUUACUUUAAAGGGAGUUGGAUAAGUGAUUGAUUAGCCACCAUAGCAACUUGUGUCGUUAUUUGAUAGCAUACACUUCUGAGGCAUAUUUGUUUUGUUUCCGUGUUUACACGGUUGAGGGUUGAAGGUAGCCCAGAGAAAGUGCUCGAAUGACAGGAAGUAUUCGGACAUAUUUUGUCUACAUAGACGUGUAGUGUGAUCUCUGCACAAUCAGCCGGUGAGAAGAUCCCCAGUUAUUAGCGCUUCAGAGUGAGUGUUUCUUCGCGUGGGAAUAAGUUUGAGGCUUUGAGCAAUGCUGGUAGACCCCUCCCUGACUCUUCUCAAAUUCUUCCGCGGGCGGAGAAACGCUCGUAGCCGUUAUAGUGGGGGCCUGAUCGCGGGCUGUUGUACGGUCGACUGCCUUUAAUUUUGGGUUCAAGCCACGAGUCGUGAGACUAGCCCAGUUCUCAAGCACCUGUUAGACGUACAAUUUUUAGGCAGGUACUGAAAUAUGGAUAUGUUUUUCUUUUCUGUAGCUUAAAGUCUUGGACAUAUCCUGGUGCGAAGACGUCACGGAUCAGGGAAUAUCAGCAGUGGCAAAUUCUUGUCGCUCCCUUCAACGACUUGGUCUACGACAAUGUGCAGCUUCUAAGCCCACCAUCACUGCACUUGGAAAGAACUGCCAUAAUAUUUCUUGCCUGAAUAUUGCAGGGAUUGAUAGCUUUACAGAUGAUGCACUCAGUAGCUUGGCUAAGAACAUGCCGCUUCUUAGAGAAAUAGAUGCAAGCUGGAACUCUUGUUUAUCGGACAACGGCAUCAAAGCCCUGAUGCAAAGCUGUGUAAAGCUCAAGAAAGCAGUUUUGAACGGUUUAAAGCUCAUAACCUCCCAGCCAUUUUUGGGAAUUGUAGGAGAUUUAAAUUGUUGGAGUCUAUUACAAGAAUUGUGGAGAUACAACAAAAAAUUCCAAAGUGUGCUCCCUCAAGGAAAAGUUUCUCUGAAGCCUUGUGAUACGGUGAGUGAUUCGCUGAUUCCCAGUAAAACAACACUCGAGAAUUUUCGCUUCUCUUACCCACACCUUGGUGUCAAAAUCUACAAAUCUUUGACAUAUCUAAUUGAUAUUUUGUUUUUCCACGGUUACAUUUAGUUGAUCUUGAUAUAUUUUUUGUAGUUUUCCUUUCCUUACGUCACUGACGAAUGAGCAACAACGAAUGUGUCUGCUUCGUUGGGAAAAAAAGUAUUUGGUUUGAGGAAACAAAUUCCACGGUCAAUCAGAAUAACCUGGAAAAUCUCUCAUUAAAAAAAUAGCUCCUUAUCUGGAAUUCGCUCUUUUGUGGGAAAUAAACGUGGUGAAGUGGGGAAUUUUGAAUUGGAAAGUCCAGAUAUUCAAAUCUAUAGGCUAAACGACGCGGUCUAGGCCCAAUUUCUACCCGCUGUUCGGAAAUUGAGCUUACUUUCUUGCUCGGAAAUUCCUAGUCUGUCCGAGACAUUCGGUAGUGAAAAAACCAGGGAGGCUUGAGUCGGGUCGCGUGUCACGUAAUGCCAACCUCAGAACAGGGUAGAGUUUGUAGGGUAGCUUUGCGUGACAUCCUAAAGAACUGCGGCGAAGCUGUGAAAAAGAUUAAAAGAUCAAGGACGGAACCCGAGAAACCGGCGGAAGUCAAGUUUACAACUUGGUCUUGUCAACCUUGGCUUGCAACCAAUGUUUUUUCUUUCUCUCGUUUGUAGGAAACAGCCAAGUCCCUUGGUGACCAAAUGCCAUGUCGCUCCAUGUCCUUUGCGCCCUCGUUACGGCAUAUUGAACUUGAAUACAGCGACAAAGUGAAUGAUGAUCAUUUGGCAGCAAUCGUAGCAAUCUGUAGAGGAACCUUGUACGUUAAAGAUUAUUAUGGACAGUCAGUUGAGCCCAAAUGGAUAUUUCGAUAAAGUUAUAGCGUACAACACAAAAAUGCUUUUUAUUUCCUGAUGUACUUGACGUAAUGUCACCUUGAGCGGCUUAAAAAUAAAUUAAAUGCAAAU